GUCGUUUAUCUAAACUUCGGAGCUAUAUAAGUCAAUUGUAUUCCGGUGAAUAUGGACUAGUCAUACGUUGCUAUUCGAAUUCGUUAGACGAAAUUUCAACGGGAAUGAAACUUUCAAUUUUAGUUGGUUUUCUGGCUGUAUGCCUUAUGGCAUUUGCGGCCAAUGUUAACUCGGAGCGAGUGAAAUACUAUCAUGAUGGUUUAGAGUUAAAGGGUACUGAGGCUCCUGAGGAUGUUACUGAGACCACGGAUGCUCCUGAAACCACAGAACCAGCUGAAAGUACUGAUGCUCCUGAUAGUCAUGUACCCGAUCAAUUGACUAUUGAAGAGGCCCAUCGUUUCAUUGAUCAUUUAAUGGCUACUGUGGCCCAAAUUGUGAAUUCUUUGCUCGAUGCAUUGCACUCCGGCAAACCUCAUCCACAGCCAGGUUAUCCGCAUGAAGGCUUACCCAAUCACCAUGAAUCCGAAGAAGGCAAUCAAGUGCCUGAACAUCCCAACGAACAUGAAGGACCUAAGGAAGAUAACGAUCUUCCCGGACAUCCCAAUGACAAGCAUGAAAAUCCUGACAAUAAUCAUCCAGAGCAUCAUGAAGAACAUAAGGAUGAUAAACCAGAACAGAACGAAGAACCAGAGAAAAAUAAACCUCAUCCAGAGAAUCACGAAAACCCUAAUCAAGAUAAGGAACAUCCAGAACACCAUGAAAACCCCGAGGAAAAUAAACCUCAUCCAGAACAUAACGAAGAACCCAAAGAAGAUAAGGAACAACCAGAACACCACGAGGAACCCAAGGAAAAUAAUCACCUUCCAGAAAACCACGAAGAAUCUAAGGAAGAUAGCCGCAAUCCAGAGCACCAUGAAGAACCUGAGAAAGGGAAUCACCCUGCACAACCACUCGAAGAACCCAAGAAAAACGAACCCGCUGUAAACGUUCACGGACCCAACGAACAACUGUCCAUUGAACCCCGUACCAUUUUCAGUCCAUUCUGGUGGCUAGUAAAAUCCGGGAUGAAAACUUUGCGCGGAAUCAAUUGCAGUAUUAAGGGUGUCGUCAAUGUCAGACACAAUACCGAAGAAAUGCUACACAAUUUCCAACGUUGUGAGGCUGGAACAGUGAAACAAGUUCAGGCAGUCGUUGAUUCGGCCUACAAGGUUCUGGCCAUUAGCGCCGAAAUAAUUCACAUUAACGAUGAGGAUUGUGGCAAUCCCAAUUACAUGGCCGAUAAUGUUGAUCCCAAAGCUAAGGCUUCGGCAAGUUGUGCCAAAAAGUUGCGUAGCAAAAUCAUUAGCUUGAAUAGUCAAAUUAAAACUACCGUUAAAUUGAUCAAAAAAGUACCGCAAGAUGCUGGGGUGUGUGUCCACAACACUUUUGGCCAGUACAGAGAUUCCAUUGCAGAUUUUCCCGGUUUCGUUAAAGAGUGUUCCAAAUUGAAGUAGAUUUUCUUUUGUAAAUUUUGAAAAAAGAAUUUAAAUAAAUAAAGAAAUUAUAGAGUUGCAUUGAAACACAAA